AUGAGUAGCCACGACGAGACGGAUGCAGCCGCGCCCGGCGUUAGCGUGCCUCCCGAUGCCAAGUUCGACCUGACGAACCGCCUGGCGCCCUUCAUGGACCUGCACUUCAUGUUCCCGCUCAUCGACUUCCUCUCCAGCAGCGAAUUGUACGACGAGGCGCAGCUGAUGGCGGCCAAACUGGCGCUGCUGAAGCCCACGAACAUGGCGGACUUUGCCGUGGAGAUCCACCAGACGCUGCACAACUCGGACGAGGUGCCCGAGGAGUUCGAGACGCGUCGUGGCGAGAUCCUGGAUGCUCUGAGCUUCGCCAAGAGCGAAUGUAGCCCCAUGCUGGACCUCAUUGAGGAUGAGGAGAAGAUCAUGCAGCUGCAGAGCGAGAAUCUGCUCACUGCCAGCCACCUCGAGCAGAACGAGGGCAUCACGCCCGCUGUCCUGGACGGCCUGUACAAGUACGCCAAGCUGCAGUACGAGUGCGGCAACUACCAGGACUGCCUCACGUACCUCACGUACUACGGCGUGCUCAUCCCGAACUCGUCCGAGCAGUUUUUGAACGCUCUGUGGGGCAAGCUCGCUGCCGAGAUCCUCAUCUUCCGCUGGGACGACGCGCUGGCCGACAUUUCCCGCAUCAGCGACGUCAUCGAGAGCAGCACUGUUAUGAGCCCCGUGGAGCAGCUUCAGCAACGCACGUGGCUCCUGCACUGGUCGCUGUUUGUAUUCGCGUGGCACGAGGAGGGACGUGACGCUAUCGUGGACUUUAUGCUGCAGUCUCGCUGUGUGGAGGCCAUUCAGAGCAACGCGCCGUGGCUGCUGCGCUAUCUGUGCGCCGGCGUGAUCCUGCACAAGCGUCGUCGCAACCUCAUUAAGGACUUGCUGCGUAUCCUCCGCGUGGACGACAAGGGCUACCGUGACCCGAUCGUGGACUUUGUGGACUGUCUGUUCGUCAACUUCGACUUUGAGUCUGCGCAGGAGAAACUGCGCGAGUGCGAAGUGGUUUUGGCCAGUGAUUUCUUCCUGUACGAGAAGAACUCGACGGACUUCAUGGAGGCCGCGCGUCUCGCGAUCUUCGAGAUGUACUGCCGUGUGCACCGCACGAUCGACAUGAAGGUGCUGUCGUCCAAACUGGCCAUGCAGGAGGACGGAGAGGCCGAGAAGUGGAUCGUCAACUUGAUCCGGAACGCACGUCUCGACGCCAAGAUCGACUCUCAGGAAGGCCGGAUCGUCAUGGGGAUGCCGCAGAACUCAGUCCACCGCCAGGUGAUCGACAAGACGCGCGAUCUCGCUGCGCGGACGUGCAGCAUGGUGGCGCAGUUCGAGCGUAUGGGCAAGCGAAAGACCUUCCAGUGA